AUGUCAGAAACCUGGCAGCAGCCGCCACAGACACAGCCACAGCAGCCACAGCCACCGCAGCCUCAGCACCAUGCAGAACCACCACCAGCCCUGGCGGAGCACACACUGCCCCCAGGCACAGCUGAGAACCCCCUGGGCUGUGCUGUCUAUGGCAUCCUCUUGCAGCCAGACCCAGGCCUGCAGCCCCCACAACAUGCACCCCUCCAGGCAGCUAGUGAGCAGGGCCCCAAAUGUGGGGUAUGUGGUCAUGACCUGGCACACCUGUCCAGCCCACACGAGCACCAGUGCUUGGCAGGUCACGACCGCUCAUUCCAGUGCACCCAGUGUCUCAAGAUCUUCCACCAGGCCACAGACCUGCUGGAGCACCAGUGUGUGCAGGCUGAGCAGAAGCCUUUUGUCUGUGGGGUCUGCAAGAUGGGCUUCUCUCUGCUCACCUCUUUGGCACAGCACCACAGUGCCCAUACUGGCCUUGUGAAGUGCUCUAUCUGUGAGAAGACCUACAAGCCAGCAGAGGCUGCUGAGCCGGCUACCACGGCAGGCCCCUCACUUCCCCCAGCACCCCCACCUCCAGCUGUAGCCCCUGCAGAGCAGCCUGAAAAGCCCUAUAGCUGCCCCAUCUGCCAGAAGCCCUUCAAGCACCUGUCAGAGCUCUCUCGCCAUGAGCGGAUCCACACUGGUGAGAAGCCGUACAAGUGCACGCUGUGUGACAAGAGCUUUAGUCAGUCGUCUCACCUGGUACACCACAAGCGCACACACAGCUCGGAGCGCCCCUACAAGUGUGCAGUGUGCGAGAAGACCUUCAAGCAUCGUUCUCACCUGGUGCGCCACAUGUAUGCUCACUCGGGCGAGCACCACCUCUUCCGCUGCAACGUGUGUGAGCUGCACUUCAAAGAGUCAUCAGAACUGCUCCAGCACCCAUGCACCCCAAGUGGCGAGCGGCCUUUCCGCUGCGGCGAGUGUCAGAAGGCCUUCAAGCGGCCAUCGGACCUGCGGCAGCAUGAGCGCACCCACAGCGCUGAGCGGCCCUUCAAGUGUGACCUGUGUCCCAUGGGCUUCAAGCAGCAGUAUGCACUCAUGCGGCACCGACGCACACACAAGACCGAAGAGCCCUUCAAAUGUGGCCUGUGCGAGAAAGGCUUUGGACAGCCCAGCCACCUGCUCUACCACCAACACGUACACACCCUUGAGACUCUUUUCAAAUGCCCCGUAUGCCAGAAGGGCUUUGACCAGUCGGUUGAGCUGCUGCGGCACAAGUGCUUGCCGGGCUCCACUGAGAGGCCUUUCAAAUGCCCCGUAUGCAACAAGGCUUAUAAGCGGGCGUCAGCGCUGCAGAAGCACCAGUUGGUGCACUGUUCAGCAGCCGAGAAGCCCCUGCGCUGUACACUAUGUGAUCGCCGCUUCUUCUCUUCCUCGGAGUUUGUGCAGCACCGCUGUGACCCUGUGCGCGAGAAGCCGCUUAAGUGCCCGGACUGCGAGAAGCGCUUCAAGUAUGCUUCAGACUUGCAACGUCACCGGCGGGUACACACGGGUGAGAAGCCCUACAAGUGCCCCAACUGUGACAAGGCCUUCAAGCAGCGUGAGCAUCUCAAUAAGCACCAGGGUGUUCACGCCAGAGAGCAGCAGUUCAAGUGUGUGUGGUGUGGAGAGCGUUUUCUGGACGUGGCCCUGCUGCAGGAGCACAGUGCCCAGCACAGUGCUGCAGCUGCAGCUGCUGAGGGCGCCUACCAGGUGGCUGCCUGCCUGCCCUGA